AUGGUCUUGGUGAUCGCGGUGCGGGACUCCAAGACGUGCAAGGAUGCCCGUCUUCAUCACAGCUACACGGCGAGGCACUUGGAGGCUGAAGUGUGUGCUGUCGGCGAUACCAUCCUCUGGCUUCACUUCAUCUACGACCAGAUCCCCCAGAUCUACAGCGUCCGCUUGAUCCCGCCGCUGGACGUACGCCGACCAGAACUCUGGUACGAAAAGCAUCUCUUCUUCUCCAAGACCGACAAAGAGCAAGGCAUGCUGCCGUCGUCGAGCCAGCAACGAAUCACGCGGCAGUUGUGGAUGGCGGACAAGGUUUUCAUCAAACACAACGUGCACGCCGCUAGGGCCGGCGGGGCACAGGAGCUGGCUGACCAAGGUACUCCGCGCGCCGAGAUCGCCGAACUGGGUCACUGGGCGAUAGACAAGAUGACGAGGAGUUACAUCACGUCGCUCCCCGUCGGGGUGGUGAUGAGGAAGGCCGGCUACUCGGGAGCCAGAAGCGACUACUUUUUGGGGCGCAGCAUGUUGAAUCCCGGCCCAGACCUCGAAAAGAUGAUCGCCAAGCACAUCUUCCCCAGCGUGGAGGAUCAAUUGAAGGAUGCGGAAGAGCUCGCAAUGGGGCCAAAAGCGAACACGGCCGCCGUGCACUUCAUCCAGACCAUGCUCGAUGCUCGCCGCAUUGCUGCCGAGGAUCUCGUGGUGAAGCUCGCCCGCACUCCAUGGCACCCACAAGUCGAGGGUUCCAUGCUUUCUCGGGAUGGCGGAUUUCAGGCGUGGGCGAAGGACGUCGAGAAGAUUGACACCGAGACCAUCGCCAAGCGCCGGUCGCCGAUCGCAACGCAGCCAGCUGUCAACCUCCUGAACGAGACGCUGACGCACGAGAGGCUGCAGGCCACAGUGAAGCAGAUGGACAUGGAGAAGGAGAUCGCGGCGGCGCAGGCUACCAUCGCGGCGAGGGACGCCGAAAUUGCCCGGCUGCUGGAUGAGCUCAAGAUCUCCGAGGCACGGAGGGCCCAAGCCCCGGCGGCGCCGUCCCGGCCGACGACACUGGAGGAGGAGGCAGCUGCGGGCGAGAAGGAGGCACAGUUGAAAUCCGACGCCCGAUACGAGGCCCUGGUUGUCGCUCCCUGGAGAGAGGCCGAGACUGUGGCCGAGGCGUGGCGCUUCUGGAACUGCCCCACCAGGGCGGACACUCGGUGUCUCUGCGACAGUAUCAACGAGCUCGGUUUCGUCGCCCGGCACAGCCUCCUGGGCAAGUCUUCAACCAACGUAAAACAGGGGGAGAUGCGCAGAAUGCGGAGGGCCAUGGAGGCCGUGCGCCGCUUUUGCGCGACAGACGGAGAAGCCGACACUGCGGCCGUCGUCGCAAAACUCGACAUGAUCGCUGGGCCGGGAAUAGUCACCUUCUGCGAUGCCCUGACGAUCCUCAGCGAAAACGCGACACCGAUACGGACGGAGGGAGACAACGGCAUCAAAGGGCUGCUUAAGGGGGAAAAGCCGAAGCUGACUGUUGCGUGGGGACUGGUGGCGGCGGGGUACAUGACCGACAAGUGGGGCGAGGACAUGUUCCCGACCACGUGGAAAGAGCAGAAAGCUGUGGCGGCCAAAGAGGCCUCGAAGCUGGCCGCUGGAAAAGCGCCGCCGCCGACGAAGACGAGCAAGCGUAGGAAAAAGGGGUGA